GCUAAACCCACCCAAUCACACGCAGGAAUCCUGGGUUUCAUCAGCUCUCCGUGUUUUCCAGCCUGCCUCUGUCUCGUCCCACUCGCACUCUCUGUCAGAGCGCGGCGUUGACAGCCACUGGCCACUAAUCAGCCCACUUUGUCGGGGUUUGUGUGCAUGCAAGACUGCUGAAAAAGAAGCUCUGAAUCUCACAUUUUCUCUUCUUUGCCAGGCACUUGCAGCAAAACAAAGAAGCCCGUCCACGGCACUAAAAGCACAAGAAGUGAAAAGCCUUCUAAGUCAUUUUCAUCACUGUCUCACAGCCAACGCUCCCUGCACAAUGUCUGGAGAGGACGCACCUGCCCAGCAGCAAAACGCCGUGGACCAGAAGCAGGAGACCAAACCCAACGAGGAACCCAAAACCGAGACUGAGCCCGCACCCGCCUCAGGCGCCGCCGAGGCAGCGGCUACCCCCGCGGCGACCACCGAAAAGGUCCCCGAAGAGGAGGCGUUCACCUACCGCGCACUGGUGCUCACCGGCUACGGGGGCUAUGAUAAAGUCAAGCUGCAGGUGAAGAAGGGCAAGCCGGCGCUCAAGGCUGGCGAGAUCAUGGUGCGGGUCAAGGCUUGCGGGCUGAACUUCGCCGACUUGAUGGCCCGGCAGGGGCUGUACGACCGGCUGCCGUCCCCGCCGGUCACCCCCGGGAUGGAGUGCUCCGGGGUGGUGGAGGCUGUAGGAGAAGAAGUGACAGACAGAAAAGUCGGUGAUAAGGUGAUGGUGCUCAACCGCUUUGGGCUGUGGCAGGAGGUGGCGGUGGUACCGGCAGCCCACACCUUCCUCAUCCCAGAUGGCAUGAGCUUUGAGGAGGCAGCAGCCCUCCCUGUCAACUACAUCACCGCCUACAUGAUGCUGUUUGACUUCGGCAACCUGCGGCCCAACCAGAGUGUCCUCGUCCACGCUGCUGCAGGUGGUGUGGGCAUUGCAGCCACUCAGCUGUGCAAUACAGUGAAGGACGUGACCGUGUUUGGCACAGCGUCAGCCAGCAAGCAUGAAACCAUCAGCCAGGGUGGAGUCACACAUCCUAUUGACUAUCGUACCAAGGACUAUGUGGAGGAAGUCCGCAAGAUCAGUCCAAAAGGGCUGGAUAUAGUACUGGACCCUCUGGGUGGAUCAGACACCCAUAAGGCCUACAACCUGCUUAAGCCUAUGGGCAAACUUAUCACCUAUGGUACAGCUAAUAUGCUGGCGGGCCAGAAGAAGAACCUGCUCGCUGUGGCCAGGAACUGGUACCACCAGUUCUCCAUCCACACACUCAGCCUGAUCCAGGGGAACAAGUCGGUGUGCGGCUUCCACCUGGGCUACCUGGACGGGGAGAUGGAGCUCCUCAGCCAGGCCAUGAACACCAUCCUGGAUCUCUACAAUCAGGGCAAGAUCAAGCCCCGCAUCGACUCCACUUGGCACCUUGAGCAGGUGGGCGAUGCCAUGAGAAAGAUGCAGGAGAGGAACAACAUUGGCAAAGUGGUCCUUACCACAGAGCCAAUGCCCGAGGAGGAGAAGAAAGAAGAGCCCAAGAAGGAGGACAAGAAAGAGGACAAGAAGAAGGAUGAUAAGAAGAAGGAUGACAAGAAGAAGGACGAUGCCAAGAAGGAAGAGAAGAAGGAUGACAAGAAGAAAGAGGAGCCCAAGAAGGAGGAGAAGAAGGAAGAGGAGAAGAAGGAAGAGGCCAAGAAGGAAGAGAAGUGAGAGGGAGGAACAGAUAGUCAAGCAGACCAGCAGGGAGUUUGUGUCCUGGGAACAGGGGGUGUGG